CAAAGCGUUCUACUCCGCUUUUGGAUCUUUAACGAGAUAGAAUGCUCGAUGGGUGCACUCCUACCCAGUUAUCUGUCCUUACCUCAUUGUGCUCCACUACACAUACGAAUCUCGGGUGACGAGCCCUCCAGCUGUUGCUUUGGUAUAAUAAGUAGCUUGACCUGUGCCUUUUUUUUUAAUCAUACGCAAGGACAACUGUGCUCGUAUCAUUCUUCAUAUACAGCAAGCAAACCAGCGUCUACACUGAUUGAUUGCUUGAUUGAGGCAAAUUAAUCAAGGUCUACACAUCAACCCACCAACAAGCAGUUGUACCCAAACCUGUGUCCUGUGCUCUGUGUCCUGUGUCCUGUGUCUCUCAACGCCGACUCGUCCUACUGUGAAGAUUCUGUACAUACUCCCACGGCGGGCAGACACAUUGAGGUUGGCAGAAGAAAGGCUGUCAUCUCGACCAGUGGACCAGUCGGUAGGUAAGCUACCUGCAGUCUCCACAUGAAAUCCAGUCUAGUGGCCGUGGUCAUAAGGCGAAGAACCAUUUUAAAAUGAGUCUCACUGGUGGAGUCUUUCCUGUCUUCAUCUUCACCUUUGUUCACAUGACAACGGGAGACUACCCUUUCCGCAACGUGUCCCUUCCAUGGGACACAAGGGUAGAUAAUCUGGUGUCCUUGUUGACGCUGGAGGAGCUGCAGUCGCAGAUGGCGUUUGGGGGGCACGGCCCUGCCGUCAGCCCCGCCCCUCCUAUACCCCGCCUGGGGGUGGGGCCGUACUCGUGGAACACAGAGUGUAUGAGAGGAGACAUCGAUGCCGGACCUGCAACUUCUUUCCCUCAGGCUCUGGGCCUGGCGGCAUCUUUCAGCCCCGACCUAGUGGAGCGAGUAGCACGUGCCACAGGGUUAGAGGUCAGGGCCAAAUACAACAACUACACCAAACACGGACUGUACGGCGACCACCGCGGCCUCAGCUGCUUCUCGCCGGUCAUCAACAUCAUGAGGGACCCCAGGUGGGGCCGCAACCAGGAAACAUACGGUGAAGACCCGAUACUAAGCGGUAUCCUAGCAACCAGCUAUGUACAUGGUCUCCAAGGAAACGACACGCGUUACAUUCUGACUAACGCGGGCUGCAAGCACUUUGAUGUCCACGGGGGACCGGAGAACAUCCCUGUCUCCAGGUUUUCUUUUGAUGCCCAGAAUCAUUUUAAAAUGACUCUAACUUGUGGAGUCUUUCCUGUCUUCAUCUUCACCUUUGUUCACUUGACAACGGGAGACUACCCUUUCCGCAACGUGUCCCUUCCAUGGGACACAAGGGUAGAUAAUCUGGUGUCCUUGCUGACGCUGGAGGAGCUGCAGUCGCAGAUGGCGUUUGGGGGUCACGGCCCUGCCGUCAGCCCCGCCCCUCCUAUACCCCGCCUGGGGGUGGGGCCGUACUCGUGGAAUACAGAGUGUAUGAGAGGAGACAUCAAUGCCGGACCUGCAACUUCUUUCCCUCAGGCUCUGGGUCUUGCGGCAUCUUUCAGCCCCGACCUAUUGGAGCGAGUAGCACGUGCCACAGGGCUAGAGGUCAGGGCCAAAUACAACAACUACACCAAACACGGGCUGUACGGCGACCACCGCGGCCUCAGCUGCUUCUCGCCCGUCAUCAACAUCAUGAGGGACCCCAGGUGGGGCCGCAACCAGGAAACAUAUGGUGAAGACCCAAUACUUAGCGGUAUCCUAGCAACCAGCUACGUACAUGGUCUCCAAGGAAAUGACACGCGUUACAUUCUGACUAACGCGGGCUGCAAGCACUUUGAUGUUCAUGGGGGACCGGAGAACAUCCCUGUCUCCAGGUUUGCUUUUAAUGCCCAGGUGUCCGACAGGGACUGGCAGACGACAUUCUUACCUGCCUUCAAGGCUUGCGUUAAUGCCGGCACCUACAGUCUCAUGUGCAGCUACAACAGCAUUAACGGUGUUCCUGCCUGCGCCAACAAGAAGCUGCUGACGGACAUCCUCCGCGACGACUGGGGCUUCACUGGCUACGUGGUCAGUGAUGAGGGGGCGCUGGAGCACAUGAUUACUGACCACCACUACGUCGCUGACAACAUCACGGCUGCUGCAGAGGCCAUCGACGCUGGCUGCAACCUGGAGGUUUCUCGCAACAAUGUGCAGGGAGUCUUCACUUACAUUGUGCAAGGUGUGGAAUCGGGCCAGAUACCAGAGGACAAGGUUCGUGAGAGAGCUAAACCUCUUUUCUACACGCGCAUGCGCCUGGGAGAGUUUGACCCUCCCUCAAUGAACCCCUACACAGACCUGGACCUGUCCAUCAUCCAGAGCCCCGACCACCAGGCUCUAGCACUGGAAGCCGCCAUGAAAAGCUUUGUACUGCUUAAAAACCGCAACAGCUUUCUACCGUUGAAAAAAUCUGUAUUUAACAGAGUUUCUAUCGUAGGACCGCUGUCAAACAACAUCACCAGUCUCUAUGGAGAUCACUAUCCUACAAUUAACGAGACUCUGACAGUCUCCCCACUCCAGGGUUUGAGUCCGUUGGGUGACUUGGUCGUCAGCAUUGACGGGUGUAGUGACGCCAGAUGUGUCCACUACGACCCGUCAAAAAUAAAAACCGUAGUGGAUGGAGCAGACAUCGUGUUCGUGUGCCUUGGCACUGACAAUCAGAUCGAAAGCGAAGGCCAUGAUCGCACCGACAUUGAGUUGCCAGGGCAACAGCUGCAACUGCUGCAGGACGCCGUGGCUUUCAGUAACGGGGCACCGGUGGUCCUGCUGCUGUUUAACGCGGGGCCGCUCAACAUCACUUGGGCAGACGAAAGCCCGGCUGUGGUGGCCAUACUGGAAUGCUUCUACCCUGCUCAGGCCACGGGGACAGCACUCUAUCGCGUCUUGACUAACUACGACGGAGUUAGCUCCCCUGCAGCGCGUCUCCCCGCUACCUGGCCACUGUUGGCAUCACAGGUCAGAGGACCCACACCUAUUAUAUGGGUAGACACACUGAUUCCAGACAUGGUGAACUACUCAAUGGCUGGCAGAACCUACCGGUACUUGGAAGGCCAGACUCUGUAUCCUUUUGGCUACGGCCUGUCAUAUACGACCUUCACCUACAGUGACCUCAAGACGCCGCCUACUGUGAACCCGGGUCAGGACCUGUUGCUUCAGGUUACCGUCAACAACACGGGACUGUACUCUGCGGAUGAGGUUACACAGGUCUACAUUACAUGGGUAAACUACCCAGUGCCGACCCUUAACCUACAGCUUGUGGCUGUGUCACGUACAGCCUUGACCUCUGGCCAAGCUGUGACCCUGAACCUGAUGGUACCAUCACAAUUCCUGGCUGUUUACACAGACAGCGGCUGGGAGACCCUUCCAGGUACGAUACGUAUAUACGUCGGAGGACAGCAGCCUGGUCAGCAACGGUCUGUGGGAUCCAACGUUCUGAGUGCCGACGUCAUCAUUGCUUGAGUCGAUUCCAACUGAUGCCAACGUUGUUUUCCUUAAUCUGUUUAGCAAAUAUUUAUACUGCGACAGGAAUUAUAUGCGUGGAAAAAUGUUAUAAAGUGGGAUGACGUGUGUGUAUGUGACUGGGACACAGCUGGUAAGAGAAAUCUGCCGCCAGUUGUCAUGGUUACUAUGGCCGUGCAUGAGAAACAGAUUGGAGCGCUUUGAUGAUCGAGGACUAAGCAAUGCUGUCAAGGCCUCGAACUAAAGAUGCAUUUAGUCAUGAAGAUAAAAGUCUCCUGAUUAGCCUCCAAUUAAACUAUUUUUCAGCGAUGACAUCUUUCUCGUGCAGUGCACGUAUCCUCCUUCCCCAGCACGCACGCGCGCGCACACACACACAAGCGCACGAACGUAUGCGCUGGGUUAAGGAAGAACAGGUGCGUCGGAAAAGAAUGAAACACCUGUUGUGCUCUGGUGCUCAGUUUUCAAAAGCCGUGCGAUAAGUAUCAGUUAGAGGAGAACAAUGAUUACCAGGCGACUGCCACGCUGACAGAAUAAUCGGCUUCAGUAACAGCUUUACCUGGCCGGCCGCCUACCUGGAAAGGAUCUGUCUGGAAGUCACCAAUAUCUGGACAAUGUACAUCGGCAACGAGACUGACUUUCAUCACAAAAUAGAACGAUGAGGAGAUCGCCUAAAACUGUUUUAAAGCCACACACACAUAACCAAAAGUUUCUCUAUCUUAUUUCCAGCAAUGGGUAACAGUCUCUUGCAAAAUGUAAUAAAAACAUAUGGUAUGAGUUUGACCUUUGCAGUAUUCUAGGAGACUGUUUUGACGGUUAAUGUAAUGUCUGUUAUGUCUUCAGCAGUCAAUCUACAAGAAUAACGGCUUAGGAAGAUCCACUUAAUAAGUGACAUGAAAUCUAUUCAUUUUUCAGUAAGUUUCCUCCUAUAAAAUAUCUUUGCAAAAACCAAAAACCAAA